AAAUUUCUACAAGAAAACUGUUAAGUAUUGGUGCGGUAGUCGAAUGGGUGAAUUGAAUGCAUGUAAAUACAUGUACAUACAACGUAUGCAAAGCAGCAUGUACACUUCCGGGAAAAAUGAGAUAAUAGUCUCUGGAUGUUUACUUCCGGAUACAAUUGAAACACUCGGUUUUAAUUUUCCACAUUGCGAUAUUUUGCCUCCCGGUUUGAUUGAAUGGUGCCCCUGAUCUAGAUCCAGAUUCGAGUGCAGAUAAGAUUCCUGAAAUUAGAGAAUGAAAUCAAGGAUAAGGAAUAAAUGGUGUGGAUGGGUCAUUUCAUCCCACUCUUAUUUUUACUGGGAUAUUAUUAUAAUCCUAUCAGCGAGUAUGUAUGUAUGCACUAAAGUUUAGUGACUAAACUACUGAAUAGGUACGCCUAUGACACAAUAAUGAAGGUGACACAGUUGACUUGUUGCCAGAAGAAGGAUUUAACGGGAUUUAACGAGAUGAAGCAUCAGUCACCAGCGUCUCGACAUGCUUGGAACCCAACGGAGAAGGAAGAUUGGAAUGUGCAUGGUGUGGAGUUGGGGUACAAAAAUUCAUGGAAAAUGACACCAAUACAAAGAAUGACGUCUGUGGUUUCACUUUCUCUAAAUAUAUUCCACCCAAUCAUUAUAAAUAACAAUAAGAAAUGCAAAAUAUGUUGUGUCCAACUCGAAGCAUGAUUUCUUAUGCCAUUCCCCACUUGACCAUCUUCCUUGGAGGACUGAGAAACAUUGUUAAGUUGAGACAGUUGUGUGCAAUAUGAGAUUGUCCACCUGUUGGGGAUUUAUUCUCAUCAUUUUUGUGACGAGUGUGAAGUCCAGUCCAUUGGGCUACACCAGCCAGGACGACCUUCUCGAAUCUGGACAUCAACAUCAUCAUCAAUUUAUUGAGGAAGAGGACGACUCUAACUUUAAAGACCACUACGAUGCUGGAGAAGACGAUCGCAAUGAGGACGACGAGUACGAUUACUAUUCACAAGAAGAAUCGUCAUCGCACCACGGGAAACUACACCCCCACCAUCACGGCGACAUUAUCCACAUCCACCACGCACCUCCACCUCCUCCUCCAUCCACGACAACAAUCAAACCACCCCCGACGACGCCAAAGCCGAAACCACGGGGUACCCGAUUGCGAAACGUGAUUCCGAUGGGUUGUCUCCUCGCAGUCCCCAUUUUCCUGCAUGGCCUCUUCCCACAAAACCAUCUCGGCUGCUUGCUCGCCAUCCCCGGCACGCCCCCUUUAUUCCAAAGGUGAAGAAUAAUAAAAAGAAAAUCAACCUGUGGGGACGCCACCGCCCACUCUUCGUCCCCCUCAGACCGCCCGUCUGGCACAACAAUAAUCCAAAUCCUCCCUCCUUCUUCCCCAUUCAACGCCCGGCCGCCCUGGAACAAAACAGAGAUCGCUAUCAAGGUGGAUACGACUCGUACGGCAACCUGAGAACGCAGACUAACUGGAUUUCUCUUGAAGAAAUGGAGAGGACGGGUGGGUGGAGGCCGCUCGUCAGGGUCAAACCCAUUCCCAUGAUGACACCAGAACCUGCUGAGCUGCAGCGGACGCAGGGACUCGAGAUGACACCAGAACCUCAGCUGCAGCGGACACAGAAAACGCUACUCAUA